AUGCAAUUUCAUAUUCUUAACAUUGCUUUUGGCAAUGCAGGAAAUAUUUAUGAAUUUAAUUUCCUUUCCUUUUUGGUAGCCUUUUCUGCAUCAUACCCAGAUAAGGCAAUCACAUUCUCUUGUGUUAAACCUCUGGGGAGGGCACAAAUACGUCUUCAUGUCAUACCGUUUAGUGGCAAAAUGGCCAUUGCUACACUUGGGACUUAUGAUAUCGCAUUCGAGCUUGGUAAGAAGGUGCUGUGUCAAAGGAAUUGUCAGACCUGCAGUGGUUGGCAGGCGAUGCAGUGUACAAUGUGCAAAGGCUCAGGAAAGGUGCAGUACCAAGUGAAAAAUUAUAAUUUGAGAAGCGGGGAGAAAGCAACAGCUGAAAGUAUUGCUGAUGCCAUUGCUGAUAACCGAGCUGAGUUGGUGCAUCUUCCUUCCACACUGGAUCUGCAUUUGCCAUUGCCAUCUAAAGAGUGCCCAACUUGUGAUGGAUCGGGCGUGAUGAAAUGCCCAGAAUGCAAAGGAAAGUUGCCUAUUAGGAUAUCUGCAGAUGAUAUAAUGGAGCCUCCAUGGAAAGCGUACAAUAUUUUGCGUAAGAUGGACUAUCCAUAUGAGCAUAUAGUUGACAGUAUGAAGGAUCCAAGCAUUGGUGCAUUUUGGUUGAUUACUUUACCUCAGAUUGUGGGAGGUUUUGAUUAUGAUGAAGAUGUCAAGCAGAAAAUUUGGUGGCAGUACAAGGAAUCUAUGCGGUAUGAUCAACUCCGAGAUGAAGUAGCCAAAAGAAAACCAGGGUGGGAGUAUUUGCAAGAGGCUUUAAUCUCCCUCGAUCCCGUCCGUGCUAAGGAUGAUCCUGUUAUUGUGAAAAAUAUACCAUGCUACAAAGCCAAGAAAGUGCUGGAGGCUGAAGUCAUGAAGUUUGAUCCUCCACCACGGCCUGAGAAUUGGGGGGAGUUGAACCUGCCCCUGAAUGCAUCUUCUUGGAAUGAGGAGGACCUGAAAGAUCCGAAGAAGCUAUAUGAGAUGACAAUUCUGCUUAAUGCACAAAGAGAAAUUGCUGAUAAAAUAUUGGAUGCUCAGUGGGAAACAAAAUGGCGUGAAGAAAAGUUGAAUGAGAUGCUGAAAGAGAGAGUCCAGCCGUACUUACAAAAUGUUGACAACAGUGUUCUUCCUCAGCCUAUAUUAUUGGAACCCCAGAGCAAUCAGGACCAAAAGAGAAAGCAGGGUCGAAGGCGAUGGUGGUUGUUUUGA